UGAAAUAUGAGUCUAACUUUACUUUUUUCCCCAGAAGCGUGCCAGGUUGUCUCAGUACAAGCCUUUUUUUAAAUAUAAUGCUAUGCUUAUAAACACCAGUGCUGUGUUUAUAAUGAUCAAAAAGACAGAAAGGGUUCAUAUGGUUUUCUUUUACUCAGCCAGCAGGUAUGAAAUGUGUGCCAGGCAGCGAAAGCUGUUGCAAAUGCCGUCAGUGAUUCAGAUGUGAAGCCUCGUGUGUCCUGUUGGGGGUGAGGCAGUCACUGGCCAUGGCGUGGUGUGCAUUCAGUCGGAACAGAGACGUAGGACGAGAGCUGUGGGCACAGGAGAGGCCAGCUCAUCCUGCCAGGGGUGUUGGGAGAGCUCCAUAAAGGAGGGUCAGCGCCUGAGCCGGGCCUGUGGGCAGUCCAGCUGUACCCUCCAGGCCUCGGGGAAUACUUCUGGCAAGGGGACGUAGGCACAGAGGCUUCAAAUGUAUUUUUCCUUAGGUGAUGGUGUCCAAUUUAAUUUGGCCAGAGCAUGGCCUGCAGAGUGAGAGGUAGAGUGGGGAAGGCAGGAAAGUAGACAUGAAGGGCCCCUUGACCUCUGUUGGGGACUGGACGACCAGCCCGGGGAGGAGAUCCAGGGAUCCACCUGCCCCUGCCGUCAGUCCAGGUACAUAGGCCCCAGCAUCUUCCCAGCGUGGAUUUAAGGACAAAAUUGACCUGAGAUCAUUGGGGCCACUUCAGCUUCCCCCAAGUGAAGCCAGAUUCCCAGUGGAUGACUGAGCCACUUCAGUUGACCUGGAGUCACACUGACUGUAGCGCUGGGCUGCAGAAGAGCAGUUUCUGAAUUUUUCGUUGCCGUUGUCCUGAAGCUGGAGUGUGAGGGCCGAGGGAAGAUGAAGACUGUGCUCAUGGUUGCAGAAAAGCCAUCCUUGGCGCAGUCCAUUGCCAAAAUCCUCUCUCGAGGGAGCAUGUCCUCACACAAAGGGCUGAACGGGGCCUGCUCAGUCCACGAGUACACAGGGACCUUCGCUGGCCAGCCGGUGUGCUUCAAGAUGACGUCCGUCUGUGGUCAUGUGAUGACCCUGGAUUUCCUGGGAAAGUACAACAAGUGGGACAAGGUGGACCCCGCAGAGCUGUUCAGCCAAGCUCCGACAGAGAAGAAGGAAGCUAACCCCAAGCUGAACAUGGUGAAGUUCCUGCAGGUGGAGGGCAGAGGCUGCGAUUACAUCGUGCUGUGGCUGGACUGCGACAAGGAAGGGGAGAACAUUUGCUUUGAGGUCCUUGAUGCUGUUCUGCCUGUCAUGAACAAGACCCACAGUGGAGAGAAGACAGUGUUCCGGGCUAGGUUCAGCUCCAUCACAGACACGGACAUCUGCAACGCCAUGGCCCGCCUGGGCGAGCCUGACCACAACGAGGCACUCUCGGUGGACGCCCGCCAGGAGCUGGACCUGCGCAUCGGCUGUGCGUUCACCAGGUUUCAGACUAAAUAUUUCCAGGGGAAAUACGGUGACUUAGACAGCUCUCUCAUCUCCUUCGGGCCAUGUCAGACUCCCACCCUGGGAUUCUGUGUGGAGAGACAUGAUAAAAUCCAGUCCUUCAAACCGGAGACCUACUGGGUGCUGCAGGCCAAGGUUAACACUGAUAAAGACAGAUCUCUCCUGUUGGACUGGGACCGAGUGAGAGUGUUCGACCGAGAGAUCGCACAGAUGUUUUUGAAUUUGACAAAGCAGGAGAAGGAAGCCCAGGUGGAGGCCACAAGCAAGAAAGAAAAGGCCAAGCAGAGGCCCCUGGCCCUGAACACUGUGGAGAUGCUGCGUGUGGCCAGCUCUUCUCUGGGCAUGGGGCCGCAGCACGCCAUGCAGACAGCUGAGCGGCUCUACAUGCAAGGCUACAUCAGCUACCCGCGGACAGAGACCACCCACUACCCCGAAAACUUCGACCUGAAGGGCUCUUUGCGACAGCAGGCCAGCCACCCUUACUGGGCCGACACAGUAAAGCGGUUAUUAGCGGAAGGUAUCAACCGUCCACGGAAAGGCCACGAUGCCGGUGACCAUCCCCCCAUCACUCCCAUGAGGUCGGCCACGGAGGCCGAAUUAGGGGGUGAUGCAUGGCGGCUCUACGAAUAUAUCACCAGACACUUCAUCGCCACGGUCAGCCACGACUGCAAGUACCUGCAGAGCACCAUCUCCUUCAGGAUCGGGCCUGAGCUCUUCACCUGCUCAGGGAGGACCGUCAUCUCCCCAGGCUUCACAGAGAUCAUGCCCUGGCAGAGCGUGCCCCUGGAGGAGAGUCUGCCCACCUGCCAGAGGGGCGACACCUUCCCUGUGGGCGAGGUGAAGGUACUGGAGAAGCAGACGAGUCCGCCUGACUACCUGACGGAGGCCGAGCUCAUCACGCUCAUGGAGAAGCACGGCAUCGGCACAGAUGCCAGCAUCCCCGUGCACAUCAACAACAUCUGCCAGCGCAACUAUGUCACCGUGGAGAGUGGGCGCCGGCUGAAGCCCACCAACCUGGGCAUCGUCCUGGUGCACGGCUACUACAAGAUCGACGCCGAGCUGGUGCUCCCCACCAUCCGCAGCGCCGUCGAGAAGCAGCUGAACCUGAUCGCCCAGGGCAAGGCUAACUACCGCCAGGUGCUGGGCCACACCCUGGAUGUGUUCAAGAGGAAGUUCCACUACUUCGUUGACUCCAUUGCUGGCAUGGAUGAGUUGAUGGAGGUGUCGUUUUCGCCUCUGGCGGCCACAGGCAAGCCCCUGUCGCGCUGCGGGAAGUGCCACCGGUUCAUGAAGUACAUCCAGGCUAAGCCCAGCCGUCUGCACUGCUCCCACUGCGACGAGACCUACACACUGCCCCAGAACGGCACCAUCAAGCUCUAUAAGGAGCUCCGCUGCCCACUGGACGACUUCGAGCUGGUCCUGUGGUCAUCAGGCUCUCGGGGCAAGAGCUACCCACUGUGCCCCUACUGCUACAACCACCCACCCUUCCGAGACAUGAAAAAAGGCAUGGGCUGCAACGAGUGCACGCACCCCUCCUGCCAGCAUUCGCUGAGCCUGCUGGGCAUCGGCCAGUGCGUGGAGUGCGAGAGUGGCGUGCUGGUGCUGGACCCCACCUCGGGCCCCAAGUGGAAGGUGGCCUGCAACAAGUGCAACGUGGUGGCACACUGCUUCGAGAAUGCCCACCGCGUGCGGGUGUCUGCUGACACCUGCAACGUGUGUGAGGCCGCCUUGCUCGACGUGGACUUCAACAAGGCCAAGUCCCCGCUCCCGGGCGAUGAGACACAGCACGUGGGCUGCGUCUUCUGUGACCCUGUCUUCCAGGAGCUGGUGGAGCUGAAGCACGCGGCCUCCUGCCACCCCAUGCACCGUGGCGGGCCAGGGAGGAGGCAGGGCCGAGGGCGGGGCCGGGCCCGGCGGCCUCCCGGGAAGCCCAACCCCAGGCGGCCCAAGGACAAGAUGUCGGCCCUGGCCGCCUACUUCGUAUGACGGCCCUGUUGCCCCUCACCCAGGCUCCAGUGCGAUGCAGACGCCUCAUGACAGUUGUCCUCUAGGCCACUGAAACCAUUAAAAUGGCAUUUUCUC